CAAUGGGUAGUCUGAACUGGUCGAGAUAGUGAUCAAGAAAACACUUGAGAAUUGUAGUGUAACGUUGCAGUCACAUACAAAAGAUUGUAGCAAGAUGUUGUCACUUGGGAAUACAUCAGCCACCAACAAGACGGUGCUUGACAGGUACAUGAAGCUGCCAAUUCCUGACGACAAAUGUCAAGUUAUGUACGUCUGGGUUGACGGCAGUGGGGAGAACCUCCGCUCAAAGACCAGGACUGUCAACUUCAUACCCAAGUCUCCGUCAGAGCUCCCGAUCUGGAACUUCGACGGGUCGUCCACGGGCCAGGCCGAGGGCAGCAACAGCGACGUGUACCUGCACCCGGUGGCGCUGUACCGGGACCCCUUCAGACUGGGCAACAACAAGCUGGUGCUCUGCGAGACCUACAAGCACAACAAGAAGCCCACCGGCACCAACCACCGCCAUAGAUGCGUGGAGGUCAUGACCCGAGCGGCUGACCAGCACCCCUGGUUCGGCAUGGAGCAGGAGUACACGCUGCUGGACACCGACAACCACCCCUUCGGCUGGCCCAAGAACGGCUUCCCUGGGCCUCAGGGACCCUACUACUGCGGCGUCGGGGCAGGCAAGGUCUACGGGCGCGACGUGGUGGAGGCCCACUACCGGGCGUGCCUCUACGCGGGCAUUAACAUCUCCGGCGAGAACGCGGAGGUCAUGCCCGCCCAGUGGGAGUUCCAGGUGGGGCCGUGCGAGGGCAUCACGAUGGGCGACGACCUCUGGAUGGCGCGCUACUUCCUGCACCGCGUCGCCGAGGACUUCAACGUGGUGGUGUCCCUGGACCCGAAGCCCAUCCCCGGCGACUGGAACGGCGCCGGCAUGCACACCAACUUCUCCACGAAGGCCAUGAGGGAGGCCAACGGCAUCGUGGAGAUCGAGAAGGCCAUCGACAAGCUCUCGAGGCACCACAUCCGCCACAUCAAGGCCUACGACCCCAAGGAGGGCAAGGACAACGAGCGCCGCCUCACGGGACUCCACGAGACGUCGUCCAUCCACGACUUCUCCGCCGGCGUGGCCAACAGGGGCUGCUCCAUCCGCAUCCCCAGGGGCGUGGCCGAGGACAAGCAGGGCUACCUCGAGGACCGGCGGCCGUCCUCCAACGCCGACCCCUACAUGGUGUCGGAGGUCCUCGUGCGAACCAUUUGCCUGGACGAGUAGGCUCCUGCAGGACGGAGGGCAGGAGAAGCGCCCUUUGGCUUGAUCACGAAGGGCGAGCAAGCAGCCACCAAAACAUCGCCUGGGGAUCCUGCGGGCCUCGGGGAGAGGAAAGGGUCCCUCCUCCGCGAGAGAGAGAAACUUUCCGAUCCUGCAGGAGGGAAAAUCCUCUCCUGAAGGCUCCCGCAGGAACCCCCUGGCCCUUGCCUUCGCCCCCACCGCCAGCAGCGCGGGCUGACCCAAGGCCCGGCUGCCGCGAGGGACCAACACACAAUCCACUUCAUCUUUUCACUCUCUUGGUCACCUGAUCAUCAUCCUCUUCCUAUAUAGAUUUUUAAAUGACGAUUGCAUAAGUACAAGUAUUAUUUCAUUGUGAUAUGCGAGUGUGUUUUCUGUCUCGUUUUAAUUUCUCUUUUAUCUAUCAUUUCCCCCCCUUUCUCUUUCUCAUAAUUUACCUGAUUUCCCGUCUUUGCGAUGUUUGUAAAUAAGAGAAUUAUACGAAGCCAAAUAUGUCGGUUUAAAUAUUGAUGUAACUAUCGCGUAAUUUUAAUAUAUAAGAAUCUAUGACGUAUUACAAGUUUGUAUAUUA